UGGGGCGGGUGGGCAGCGGCUGCCUCCUGGGGACAGAGUGGCCCUGAUCGCCCUGGUUCCCUGGCUUGGGUGCCAGUUCCUGCGGGAUCGGGCUAUAGGAAGCGCCGUGCAGGUCAAAGUCCCAGUCCGGGGGCUGCGCCUUCCUUCGGGCGAGCAGUGCUGGUCCCAGGUCCCUUUUACACUCCCGGGACUUGACGUUCUACCACUGGACCCCUCCCCUGUCCUGGACACUGAGCCAGCACCAUGCAUGGGCGCCUGAAGGUCAAGACCUCCGAAGAGCAGGCAGAGGCCAAAAGGGUAGAACGGGAGCAGAAGCUGAAGCUAUAUCAGUCAGCCACCCAGGCGGUCUUUCAGAAGCGCCAGGCUGGCGAGCUGGACGAGUCAGUGCUGGAACUGACAAGCCAGAUUCUGGGAGCCAACCCUGAUUUUGCCACCCUCUGGAACUGUCGCCGAGAGGUGCUUCAGCGGCUGGAGACCCAGAAGUCCCCGGAGGAGCUGGCCACCCUGGUGAAGGCAGAGCUGGGCUUCCUGGAAAGCUGCCUGCGGGUGAACCCCAAGUCCUAUGGCACCUGGCAUCACCGCUGCUGGCUGCUGAGCCGCCUGCCAGAGCCUGACUGGGCCCGCGAACUGGAGCUGUGUGCCCGCUUCCUCGAGGUCGAUGAGCGCAACUUUCACUGCUGGGACUAUCGGCGGUUCGUGGCUGCACAGGCAGCUGUGCCCCCGGCGGAGGAGCUGGCCUUCACCGACAGCCUCAUCACCCGGAACUUCUCUAACUACUCUUCCUGGCAUUAUCGCUCCCGUCUCUUGCCCCGGUUACACCCCCAGCCAGACUCUGGGCCCCAGGGUCGCCUCCCUGAGGAGGUGCUGCUCAAGGAGCUGGAGCUGGUGCAGAACGCCUUCUUCACGGAUCCCAAUGAUCAGAGCGCCUGGUUCUAUCACCGCUGGCUCCUGGGCCGAGCUGAUCCCCAGGAUGCACUGCACUGCCUGCAUGUGAGCCGGGAUGAGGCCUGUCUGACUGUCUCCUUCUCCCGGCCCCUCGUGGUGGGUCCUGGGACAGACACCUUGCUUCUCAUGGCUGACGAGUCACCUCUAAUGGUGGAGUGGAGGACUCCCCACGGCAGGAGCCAGCCCAGUCACGUCUGGCUCUGUGAUCUGCCCACUGGCUCGCUCAACGACCAGCUGCCCCAGCAUACGUUCCGUGUCAUCUGGACAGCAGGCGGGACUCACAAGGAGUGUGUGCUGUUAAAAGGUCGUCAGGAAGCCUGGUGCCGGGAUUCGGCCACAGACGAGCAGCUGUUCAGGUGCGAGCUGUCAGUGGAGAAGUCCACAGUGCUACAGUCUGAGCUCAAGUCCUGCAAGGAGCUACAGGAGCUGGAGCCAGAGAAUAAAUGGUGCCUACUCACCAUCAUCCUGCUGAUGCGGGCACUGGACCCCCUGCUGUAUGAGAAGGAGACGCUGCAGUACUUCCAGACGCUGCAGGCGGUGGACCCGAUGCGGGCAGCAUACCUAGAUGAUCUGCGCAGCAAGUUCUUGGUGGAGAACAGCGUACUCAAGAUGGAGUACGCAGAUGUACGUGUGCUGCAUCUGGGUCACAAGGACCUGACAGUGCUCUGCCAUCUGGAACAGCUGCUCUUGGUCACCCACCUGGACCUCUCACACAAUCGUCUGCGAUGCCUGCCCCCUGCCCUAGCUGCCCUGCGCUGUCUGGAGGUGCUGCAGGCCAAUGAUAAUGCCAUUGAGUCCCUGGAUGGCAUCACCAACCUGCCCCGGCUGCAUGAGCUGUUACUGUGUAACAACCGCCUCCAGCAGCCUGCAGCACUCCAACCGCUUGCCUCUUGCCCCAAGCUGGCUCUUCUUGACCUGCAAGGCAACCCACUGUGCCAGGAAGCGGGCAUCGUGGAACAGUUGGCUGAACAGCUGCCUGCGGUCAGCAGCAUCCUCACCUAGGAAGCCCUGCCCUUUAACUUAUUAGGACUGAAUAAAAGAACAGAGAAGCACAGCAGUCUGCCGCUCUGCUCUCACCAGC